AUGCAGGUCCCUCUUCGAGUCCCGGGGAAGCCCAACAACCACGAUCAGAACCGGAUACAGUUCACCAGCCCAAACCACAUCCCCAAGGACGCCGGGUUUCGAGUUCACAAAUAUACCAGCUCCCAAUUCGAGACGAAAGAGCUCAAAGCUCUCGUGGUCUCUGCUGAAAUCCAAGAUCGCAUAAAAACAUUGAAGAGGAAAAGGUUGAGAACCAGCCCUCCUAUUCCUGCGAGACCGGACGAGCAGUUGUUCCAGAGAAGAUUGCUCGUGUCGGAUUCCCGUCUGGAAAAUGGACACGAGCUUAGAAUCAGGACAGGGCUACCGUCUGCAGCUCGUACAACUCCUCCGGAAGAACAAUUUUUUGAUCGGGGACCUGCACGGCUUGCAGACCUGGAUCCAGAUAAGAAGGGGGACGCAUUUGAGCGAAUACAUCCUGAUGGCUGGGGCAAGAUCCUACCCAAGCAGUGGGUCGAAGAAGACUUUAGCGACGCUGAUAGCAAGGAUACCGAAGAGACACGAAGCGUGUAUAGUCAAGACAACGGCGAGGAGGAUAGACACAGAUGGGAUCCUCGUGAUUUGAGAACUCGACCGAAGACACAAAACCAACCAAUCAAGCUCGUGGAUAGCGUUGUGGCAUACCAUGUGCCCGAGGAGGAUGUGAGAAUCCAACAGUUCAAGAAUGGCUUCAACAUCGACGGAGAAAUAGUUUCGAGGCCAGAUGCUACAGCUCGACCACCGCUGGCCAUACUUGCAGACCGUCCCUGUUCUCCACGAGCAAGGCAACAUGCUCUACCACACGCGAAUAGCGACAGCAGAGAAACUCAAAGGUUCAGAUCAUUCCACAACUGUCGCACAACUCUUCGGGAUCUCCUUACGGAGAAUGAAGUCAAACCACCAGGGGAUCCGUGGCAGCUGCCAGGUCAGACUCAGCAGUUCUACCGAUACAAUGUUGACGGCAUCAUUGACGCUGACCUAGUCGGUGAACUUCGACAAUACGCUGGCGCAGGUCAUUCACAGGAUAUCAUGCCUGUUAUCAUGGCUGCUGACGACAGAAACAGAGCUCCGUCUCUUUCUCAGUUGGAACAAGCUCAAUCCCCGCUGAUACCGCUGCCGCUGAAGAUUAGACACCGGGAGACCAAGGAUCCGCGUGAAACAGUGUCAGAAUUCACAUCAGCGAGUGGUACCAAGUCCAAUCAGACCCAGACUGAGGCGGUACCUUCUCUUCCAACGGAUUCUUUCUGGAACAUUGACGCCCCGACAUACCAGUCGUCAAAUAGAGGCAAUGAGUUCAAGCAACCUAUCCGGACAGGCGCAGCUGAUUCACAGUCCGGACUGCGUUCUAUGCCGCUAGUUGAAACUUCACGGUCGUCGCCAUCUCCACGCUCUUCGUGGUCGUCUGUCGUCCUCCAGAGCGAGGCUCAGGAUGAGGAAAUGCCAACCGGUCCCCAUCGCGGUGCUGAGGAUCCCGAGAAUAAAGCCCCUGAUCGAGAAAGCCGUGCAUGUCUUUUCGAACAACAUGAAAGCGUCAAAACACCGGCUGCAGAGGUAGGAAGCCAGACAAUUACCCCUGUAUAUUACUUUGGUUCUCGCCAGUCGCCUGAACUCAAUGCCAAGCUUGAAGAUGGUGGGCUACUCGGUCUUGAUGUCCAUCUCUGGGACACUCGAAACCACAAGCCAGGCGCUAUCACCUCGCUCAAUUCACAAGACCACGAAGACUUGGAUGCAGACAGGGCUCUGAAGACUGAGAUCGAGGAUUUGCUCGACAUGUAUUUCCAACCAAGCGACCUUGACCAGAACGAGACGCUGAAUGAGCCCGAACACGAACCAGACCAGAAGAAGAGACAACAAUGUCGAUCACAGAACCAAAAUCCCGUCAUCGUCCAACAUUAUUCUGGCUGCUCUAUCAAGGACGAUUACCUUCCGGCGACGAUACACUCUACUGGAUCAGGACCACGCUUUGGUUUCGAUUCCAAUGUUCGAUCUGACUCCGGAUCCAAGUCGACUGCUACGAUUACUAGGUCGCCGCGAGAGCUGCAUCGAAUUGAAGAGCUUGACGACGACUACCAAACCCCUAGCAUACAGCAGCGCAGCCACCACAUCGCUGGGAAAGGCCUUGAGAGAGUGAGAACUGGCUCUAUUUCUAAUAGUCUCGAUUUGAGCCCGACCACCCCGAUCACUCUAUCCCCUCAAAGACGUCGAGCUAGAGAUAUCGACCCUGGCUCCAAUACAACCAGCAGGUCGCGGCACAGGGACAGGGAUUUGCGCGUCUUCGAUCACACAGAUCUCAAGAAUCCUGCUAUGGCCUGCACUGGUCGACCCGGUAUCGUCAACAACAGAUCCAAACCUUCUGAUGCGGCUGUCCCCAACUUUCCACAACCAGCAAAGGACUCCUCCACCCCUUUUGGCCCUACCUCGAGCUCCAGCUCGCCGUCCUCGCCGUCUUCACGCUCCGUGAUCCAUGCUUCUGCAGUCACACCGUAUAGGAACAGAGCGAAUGGUGCUAAGAUCACGUCCUUCCCAUCAGUGUCAGAGGAUCGUGUAGCUAGGCCGAUUAUGGUACCUGUUACAUUUCUGAACCGGGAUGGGCGUAAUUGGAUAUGA